UUUAUUUAAUAGUGUUUUUUUAAUCAUGUAAAGUAAGAGUUCGUUGUCUUUAUAAAAUCAUUUCCUGUUGGGUGGAGUCAGUCUGUCUCUUUAGUUUCACUUUAACUUUUGUGUCGCAGCAAGAAUUUAAUCUGGAGGUUGAACUCGACUAAAGAGAAAGAAUCAGGACGACGUCGAUCACCAUCACGUCUCAUACCUGAUCUGGAAGAUAAAAUGUGUGAUGAGGACACCAGCAUGUCUAACAUCACAGAUGAUCGGCCUCGAAAGCGCCGCAGCAGCCUUGAGUUUCUACCACCAGACAUGUCUGAGUUGAGGGUUGUUCUUCUGGGGAACAGCUGGUCUGAGAGGAGUUCAGUGGGGAACUUGAUCCUGGGAGAGAACACGUUCAACACUGAGGAAGAAGCAGUAUGUUGUCUAAGAGUCAGAGGACUGAUUAAAGACAAAAAAGUAGUUCUCGUCAACACUCCAGAUCUGCUGCAUCCCAACAUCUCUGAAGAUGAACUCAGAAAACAUGUAGGAACCUGUGUGAGACUCUCUGAUCCUGGACCUCAUGUGUUGCUGCUGGUUCUACAGCCCGAAGACUUCACUGAGGAACACAGACAGAGACUCUGCAGAGUCCUGGACCAUUUUAGUGAUCGAUCAUUUCAUCAUUCACUGGUUCUGGUAUCAACACCCAGAGAGGAGAGAUCAGUAGAAAACUACAAGAACCAUCCUCUAUUAAAAGAACUGAUCAUAAAAUGUAGAUACAGAUACUUGAAGAGGAGGGAUAUUGAUCAUUCAGAGCUGUUAACACGUUUGGGUCAAAUAGUGAAAGAGAACAAUGGAGAACAUCUAGACUGUGAAGAAUAUGAAGACGCAUCAGCUGAUCUACCAGGAGAUAAUCAGACACAACACAAGGAAACAAAGACUUCUAUUUUCGGUUCAGUUAAAUCUGCCGGUCUGAAUGUGAUUAAAGAAAUCACUGAUCAUCUCCCUCUCUCCUCGAGAAACACUUCAUCCCACACAUCUGAUUUCAGGAUUGUCCUGUUGGGGAAAAGUGAGGACAAGAAGACAAAACUUGUCAACUUCAUCAUCAGACAUCAAGGUUUUCAACAUAAACAUUUACCAAUCAGACACUGUGUGGCCUCCUGUGGAAAGUGGAGAGGAAAACCAGUGACUGUGGUUAAAACUCCAGACAUGUUCAGUCUGUCUGUGGAAACAUUUGCAGAAGAGAUUAAGAGCUGUGUGAGUCUCUGUCCUCCUGGACCAAAUGUUCUGCUGCUGUUAGUGAAGCCUUCUAAUUUCACUGAGGAGAACAGAAAAACUAUAAAGUUCAUCCUGAGUUUGUUUGGACGAGACGUCUUUAAAUAUUCAAUGGUGGUCAUCACACGUGAGGAUGAAAUGAAUGUCUCUGUUACUGAACUCCUUAAAGACUGUGGAUGGAGACACUACAACAUGUUCAAAGAGGAUCACAACCAGCUGAUGGAGCAGAUUGAGAAGAUUGUUGAUGGAACCAGAGGAACCUUCCUCACCUUCACUGAAGAGACCAUCAAACCAAAGUUAAACCUGGUUCUGUGUGGGAGGGGAGGAGCAGAGAAGACUUCAGCAGUCAAGGCCAUUUUAGGUCAGACAGAGCUUCAUUCAGCCUCCAACUCAUCAGAGUGUGUUCAGAAUCAGGGAGAGGUGUGUGGACGUUGGGUUUCCCUGGUGGAGCUGCCUGCCUUGGAUGGAAAACCUCAGGAGGCAGUGAUGAAGGAAUCAUUGAGGUGUAUCUCCCUCUGUGAUCCUGAGGGCAUCCAUGCCUUCAUCCUGGUCCUACCUGUGGCUCCCCUCACUGAUGAAGACAAGGGAGAGUUAGAGAUCAUCCAGAACACAUUCAGCUCUCGAGUCAAUGACUUCACCAUCAUUCUGUUCACUGUGGAGUCAGAUCCAACUCAUCCAGCUGUUGUUAACUUUGUAGAAAGAGACAGAGACAUCCAGGAGAUCUGUCAACGUUUUGGAGGAAGAUCUUUUGUUCUCAACAUCAAGAACAAACAGCAGAUCCCACAACUGUUGGAGACUUUAGUAAAAGUCAGACUCUCCAAUGAUGAACCAAGCUGCUACACAACAGGAACAUUUGCUCAGGCUCAGAUGGAUAAAGUCUUACAACAACAGGAUGAACUUGAGAAGCUGAAAAGGACCAAAGUCUCCUCUGCAGGUGAUAAAGAGAAGCAGAGUCCAGAGAGUCUCAGGAUUGUGUUGAUAGGGAAGACUGGAAGUGGAAAGAGUUCUUCAGGUAACACCAUUCUAGGGAGAAAAGAGUUUAAAGCCAAAUCAAGUCAAACAUCAGUCACCAAACGUUGUCAUAAAGCUCAGGGUGAGGUGGACGGUCGUCCUGUUGUUGUAAUGGACACUCCUGGUCUGUUUGACUCAACUUUGUCCCAUGAAGACGUCAAUGAGGAGAUGGUGAAAUGUAUCAGUCUUCUGGCUCCAGGACCACAUGUCUUCCUGUUGGUGUUACAGAUUGGAAGAUUAACUCCAGAGGAGAAGGAGACACUGAAACUCCUCAAGGAAGCAUUUGGAAAGAAUUCAGAAAAGUUCACCAUCAUUCUUUUCACAAGAGGAGAUUCACUGGAACAUGAGGAGAUGACCAUUGAGAAAUACAUCAAGAAUGAAUGUGAUGAUUCCUUUAAGAAGCUGAUCUCUGACUGUGGAGGAAGAUACCAUGUGUUCAAUAACUAUGAUAGAAACAACCAGCAACAAGUCAGAGAGCUGAUAACAAAGAUUGACACCAUGGUGAAGGAAAAUGGAGGCAGCUGCUUCACCAAUGAGAUGCUGCAAGAGGCUGAAGCAGCAAUAAAGAAAGAAAUGGAGAGAAUCCUGAAGGAGAAGGAGGAAGAGAUGAAGAGAGAGAGAGAAGAACUAGAAAGGAAACAUGAGGAAGAAAAGGAAGAAAUAAAUAGAAGAAUGGAAAAAGAGAAAAAAGAUAUUGAACAAGAGAGAAAACUAAGAGCAGAGCAACUUAAAGAAAUGGAGGAAAACAUCAAGAAGGAACGAGAGGAAAGAAAGAAAGAACAGGAGAAGAGAGAAGAAGAAGAAAUGAAAAGAAAACAGCAUGAUGAACGUCAACGACAAAAGUGGGAACAAGAACGAGAAGAUUUGGAGAAAAAAAUCAAGUUAGAAUCAGAAAGAAAAGAAAUGAUUGAUAGAAAGCUGGAGGAGAGCAGAAAAGAGAUGGAAGAAAAACGAGAAGCCUGGGAGAAAGAACGAAAAGAAUGGUGGGAAAAACAAAGAGAAGAAGAUGAACAGAGACGACAGGAGGAGAAAACAAGAAUGAAAAAGAUGGAAGAAAUGAAAAAAAGUAUGGAACAACAGAGAGAAGAAAUUGAAGAAGAAAGAAAAGAGAGAGAAAGACAAUUUAAAGAAAUGGAGGAAAAGAUCAAGAAGGAACGAGACGAAAGACAAAGAGAACAAGAUGAGAGAGAAGAAGAAGAGAAGAAAAGGAAACAGCAGGAAGAAGAACAAGUACAAGUGUGGGAACAAGAACGAGAAGAUUUGGAGAAAAAAAUCAAGUCAGAAUCAAAAGAAAAGGAAACGAUUGAUAGAAAACUGGAGGAGAUGAGAAAAGAGAUGGAAGAAAAACGAGAUGCCUGGAAGAAAGAACGAAAAGAAUGGUGGAAAAAACGAAAACAAGAAGAUGAAAAGAGACGGCAGGAGGAGGAAACAAGAAUGAUAAAGAUGGAAGAAAUGAAAAAAAGUAUGGCACAACAGAGAGAUGAAAUUGAAAAAGAAAGAAAAGAGAGAGAAAGACAAUUUAAAGAAAUGGAGGAAGAGAUCAAGAAGGAACGAGAGGAAAGAGAGAAAGAACAUCAUGAGAGAGAAGAAGAAGAGAAAAAAAGAAAACAGCAGGAAGAACAAGAACGACAGGAGAGGGAACGACAACGACAUGACUUGGAGAAAAAAAUCAAGUCAGAAUCAGAGGAAAAGAAAAAGACAGAUAGAAAACUGGAGGAGAGCAGAAAAGAGAUGGAAGAAAAGAGAGAGGCCUGGGAGAAAGAACGAAAAGAAUUGUUGGAAGAGCAGAAGAAACAAGAACAAGAAGAUGAACAGAGACGACAGGAGGAGAAAACAAAAAUGAAACAACUUGAAGAAAAGUACAAGCAGGAAAAAGAAGAAUAUGAAAAGAAAAGAAGAGAAGAGGAGCAGAUCAGAAGAGAACAAGAGGAAAAAGAACGAAAACAACUGGAAGAAAAACUGGAGAAUCUGAAGAAGACGCAUGAAGAGGAAGCCAGAAAGAAAGCUGAAGAGUUCAAUGAAUUCAAAGAGAAAUAUAAGAAGGAAUUAGCAGAUCAGAAGCAACAAAUGAAAGACAAAGAUAAGAAGUAUGACCUGUUAAAGGCUCUUUCAGCCUUCAAUGAAAAAGAGAAGAGGGAGAAACAUAGAAGAGAAAUCAGUGACUUGGUGAAGUGUGUGACUGAAAAGAGAGGAAACAUGAAAAAAAUCAAAGAGUUACUGAUAAAACAUGAGAAUCAAAUGAAGGACAUGAAAAACAAAGAGGAAAAAGAAAAUCUGCAAAGAAAACAAGAAGAUGAAAUUAGUGACUUGAUAGAGGAACUGCUGAAGGAAAAGUCAUCGUCCUGUAGCAUUUUAUGAGCAGGUUGUUUUUGGCUCAGUGUUCCUCCUCUUGUUUCACCCGGACUCCUCAUCUCUGUCCUUUAGUUCCUGAUUGUGCUUCAGUGAAAAAUUACAACUACUUGUUCUGGUCUCAGAUCUCAAAGACUCGACUGCCACAGAGAUACUGAGUGAUGUUUCUGAACCUGGUUUAUCUGAGAUGUGUUCCAACAUAGUCAAACUAGCUGUUUAUCCCAAACGCGAUGAGGCAAAGCUCUGUCAUAACUGGUGUGAUGAUAUAUACUGAGAUUUUGCAUCUCAUUUGCAAAUAUUGUAAACAUUAUAAAUACUGUGCAGUCCAACUUGGUAUUUUUCUUUGUACCAUCUUUUCUCCUGUUUUUGGUUAGGGAGUGACGUAAGAAACCUGUUUUUUUAUUUUUUUUUAAUCUUAUUUUUGGGAAUAGGCAAGUGGGAUUUAAACCCAGCUUGUUUUCUAUUAUUUUAGGCCAUGCUCACCCUGAAGUCUUUAAUUUCGUUUGGGUAAAUAAAUCCCCGCUCUUUUGGAAUGAA